AUGUUGGCUCCCUGGAUUGUUCCAGUUAUUGUUACUUUGGCAGUUUUCCUGCUUAUUGCGGUUUUCAUACUUAUGUGGACACUCCUAAGAACCUCACAUAGGUUUACACCUAAAGCUAAAUCAUUUGCUGAUCACGAAAAGGCAAUCAAUGAAUUUCAAUCAAAUGUUUUGAUAAAUGCAAAUGAUUCAAGUCAACAAUAUGUUCCUCCACAGACAUACGUUCAACCUCAACAUUUUCAAAGUCACCAAAUGAGCAAUCACCCACACGACGAAAUGCAUAUUCAUAAAUGCUGUAAUCAUCAGCAUUCAAAAUGCAGCCACAUCUAUGCUCAAAAUGAUAAUCACCAGAUUAAUGAUCAGCACUGUUGUGAAUGUCAUGCUUAA